AAAAGGCAUCCCCUUCCCGUAGGCCCCCGAGCCAUCCGCCUCUCUGCUCUCCCCUUCGAACCGCACCCUUUCGCCUUUAUUUCUACGAGUACGGUAGACGCCGACACGCUCGCACAAUGGCCGAAUCGCAGCCGACUCUCCAGGACCUCGCGGCCAAGAUCACCGAGCUGUCCGACACCUUUGCGCGCUUCCUCAAGGAGAACAAUGUCCCGCAGCCCACUUUUGCCGCGGAUAGCCCGACAAGCUACAGCGGCCUGUCCUCGGAGAUAUUCAUCACGCGCCAGCUAUUGCUGGAUGCCCUGACGGACUUGUGGUAUCUGACCCAGGGCCCGAGCGAGAGCAUCUUCAACUACGUCCACACCUGCAUUCCCGACGCCGCAGCUCUAAACGUGUUGAACUACUUCGAUUUCUGGUCCGCGGUGCCCCUUGAGGGGUCCGCUUCGUACGCCGAGAUCGCGCAGCGCGUCUCCCUCCCGGAAGACGUCGCCAAGCGGGUCCUCCAGCACGCCGUCACCCUGCGCAUCUUCUCCGAGACGGAGCCCGGCAAGGCGUCGUCGCGCAUCCAGCACAAUUCUCGGUCGGCCGCCCUGGCGCGCUCGUCGGGGCUCAAGGCCCUCGUCUCUACCAUCCUCGACGACGCAGGCGCUCCGACGAUGGUUUUGAACGAGGCCCUCAACCGGUACAGCCGCGGGAAGCCCGCCCUGACGCAGGAUAUGAAUGAGACGUCCUUCGCCCUAUUCCACAGCGGCGGGCAGUUCGGGAAGCACGGCAAUUCUUGGGACCUGCUGGAGAACGACGGCGCUGGCGACAAGCAAGGCUGGCGGCAGAGGAACUUUGUAGAGUUCAUGCGCUAUAUCAAAGAGAUCUUCCACCUGGAAGGUGUCGUACUCGACGCUCAUGACUGGAAGUCAGCGGGCAAGGCAACUGUGGUAGAUGUCGGUGGCUCGGCAGGCCACGAUGCUAUUGUCUUAGCACGAAACUUCCCCGAACUCACUAUUACCGUUCAAGAUCUGCCCAAGGUGAAACCUGUCUUCGACGCGAAUCUCCCCGAGGACGUUAAAGACCGCGUGUCGUUCGUAGAACAUGACUUCUUCCAACCGCAGCCCGUUCAAGCGGACAUCUAUAUAUUCAAGAUGAUCCUCCACGACUGGCCCGACCACGAAGCCUCUAGAAUACUGCGGGCGUUGAAACCGGCUCUGAAGCCGGGAGCUCGCGUUAUCCUGUUCGAGUAUAUCGGUAACCAGGGAGAGACCGAAGGCCCGGUCUUGCCCCGCUCCAUCCAGCAGAUGGGCACGGCUACCGAUCUGCGACUGAUGGCACUGUUCAACGGAAAAGAACGCCCCGUUGAUGCUUGGGCCAAGAUAUUCCGCGAAGCCGAUGAGAAGUUUGAGACGGUUACCGUCAAGGCCAACCCGCAGAAUUUUUUUGCAGUAAUCGAAGCGGUUUGGCGUGGAUGAGCGACUUAGACCGGCGGCAGUGGGACUAAGUAAGCGUUGUCAAGUCUUUGUAGCGGAUACGAAGGAAGGGGGAUGUAUAUGUAUCGAGCCAAGCACUUCCCGAUCCUCUUUAACC